GCCAAGGAUAGCCGCGGUCUGCAGGGCUUAGGACCCAACUUGCAAAUACCCAUCUCACGCAUCAUUAACUAAUCUUGACGAUAAGGAGCAGGUCUUCCACCGGUCAAGAAACAUCCAUCCUGGCUCUUUUUACUGUCUAUGUAUCCUUACGGCAGCUUGCGACAUACCUGACCGAUAUUUGCCUCCGUCUCCGCAUCCUAGACAACUCGCACAUGCGCCUGGAACCGACUAUUCCUCACCGACAACGUUUCUCCACAUCCGACGUUCUCCCGUCCCAUGCGCUCGAGGACGGUUGUGCCUCGAGCGGCGAUCCUUACCAUGAAUAUAUGACCCUGUCAUUGGCAAGCCGAGCGGUCGCUCGCCCGGUGCCCGUGUGUACUCGCCGUCAGCUUCCCCACUACCUAGACGACACACAUCUCCGCUCGACUCGAAUGGUAUUAGCCUUCCUCCCCGUCUUGAUCUACCUCGCAGGGCAGGUCACAGCAGCCCCUGCCUCGGGUACUCGAAACGCGGUGGCGGCUUGUCCUGUAGGACGCGUCGCGGUGACGACCACGGCGGCUGACUUCGACAAGAAUACCAGCGUUUAUAGCAACCUAUACGACCUUGGCCAGAAUCAGACAUGGGCUGAAGUGCUUGAAUUCCCCGUUGCUCCCCCCGUCUCUCCGUGCAACGUGUGCCCAGCCAUUGCCAUCAGCGCGCUAAUCGAUGUCCUCGUCCUGCCAACGUCUCCGCGCCUUGAGUAUGAAGUCUAGUCGCGCACAGAUCCCCAGUGGGCGCUGCGAGGCAGCUCCCCGCUGUGAUACUCCAGUAGAUGUUGCCUAAGCCCUUCGAACGACGUGUCGGUAAUCAUUACGCCGCACGGGUUACCAAAGCCACACGCCUGACCGACGUGGUGCCCCGCAGUGCAGACGUGAUCAUGACAAUCGUGAUCAUGCUGAUCCGUCAAUUGCCCAACCUCAGACGUCUCUUGUGCCUCGUGACGGUGUGCGCAUCCAUCAUCACUGGAAUUUCUGGCUCGGUGCGUCAAUCAACACGGUCUGUGAUCAGGAAUACUUACGUUGCAUCCUCGA